AUGUCGAAAAUCGAAUUAAACAGACGAGAUUUGGUGGCUGCAAAGGAAGAGUUGGGGAGAAAAAAAGCAAAAAAUGAGCUGAAAAAUAAACUUGAUGAAGAGGAGAUACAGCAGAAGGAAAAGCUGAGAGAAUUGAGGAAAAGCUGGAAGAUUAUAAUGAAUGUUGGAGAAAACAGAAGUUGGUGUGAUACUGGAGAUCGUGUUAUGUACAGUACAAAACACAAGCCGCGACAGUGUGUAGAGUAUAUUAGAUCAUUCUCCGUUUAUCAGCAAAGAAAGUUUGUAGGCAAUCUUAUGAAGAAUACCGCAACAGGUAAAAUUGGAGUCAAGAUUCCAACAAUUGGCUUAGGAUUUAUGGGAAUGAGUGAAUUUUAUGGACAAUCUGACGAGAAGGAAAACAUUACCGUAUUGAACAAAUCGAUCGAAUUAGGAAGUUACUUUUGGGAUACUGCGGAUAUGUAUGGAAGGGGAGCUAAUGAGAUCCUUUUGUCAAAAGUUCUUAAAGAACGUCGUAAUGAAGUAUUUCUUUGUACAAAAUUUGGAGUCGUACGAAAUCAAAUUGGAGAAUUACAAUUAGUUGAUGUUAAAGGUGAUCGUGAAUAUGUUCGUCAAGCCUGUGAAAAGUCGUUGAAAAGGCUUGGUGUGGAUUAUAUUGACCUCUAUUAUCAACAUCGUGUGGAUCCUAAUACACCUAUUGAAGAAACCAUUACCGUUUUGGCGGAACUUGUGAAAGAAGGCAAAGUGAAAUAUAUCGGAAUCUCGGAAUGUUCCGUGAACACUCUUCGACGCGCUUGUAAAGUCGAGUAUAGUCCAUGGGCGCUUGAUAUUGAAAAGAAUGGAAUUAUGGAAGCAUGUCGUGAAUUAGGUGUUACCAUAGUCGUUUAUAGUCCACUUGGUCGCGGAUUCUUAACCGGAAAAUUUAAAUCGGUCGAUGAUUUUGAGAAAGAUGAUUUUAGAAGGACGUUUCCACGUUUCAUGGGUGAUAAUUUUCAAAAAAAUUUGGAAAUUGUUAAAAAAUUUCAGGAAUUCGCAAACAAGAAGGGUGUUGCUGCAAGUCAACUUUGUCUGGCUUGGGAAGAAAAUAUUGUUGUUAUUCCUGGCACAAAGAAAGUCAAAUAUUUGGAAGAGAAUGAUGACGCAGCUAAAGUUCAACUUUCGUCAGAGGAAUUAUCAGAAAUUCGUCAAAUUAUUAAUUCUAUUGAUAUUAUUGGGCACAGAUAUCAAGAUGAUGCUAAGACUUUUUUGGAUAAAUGA